UUGGGUUUUAAACGUCCUAACAGGCUUGCAUAAAUAGUUAUACUUUGAAAAGAAUAACAGGAAGUGCUUAGACUUCCGCGCUGGAAAGUUUGACAGCCAAAGGCGAAUGUCAACACACUCGACAACACAGCUGCGAAGUCACUUUUUUAUUGCCGAAUUACAGUAGCCAGAGUUCUUAAACUGUCGAACAAUGUCCUCCUUGAGCGGGAUUAAGAUACCUAACCGCCUUCCCUUGCUUCUGACCCACGAAGGAGUGCUCCUCCCGGGUUCCACAAUCCGAUUCAGCUUGGAUACUCCUCGGAACAUGCACUUGAUCAAGCAGCGCCUGCUGAAAGGGACUUCACUCAAAAGCACGAUCAUUGGAGUGAUUCCCAACACCAGAGACCCCCAGAAGGAUACAGAAGACCUGCCCACGUUGCACAAAAUCGGUACAGCGGGGAUCGCAGUCCAGGUCGUGGGCAGUAAUUGGCCAAAGCCCCACUAUACCCUUCUCAUCACUGGAUUGUGCCGCUUCAGCGUGUCAAGCCUGCUGACGGAUCGACCCUUUGUAUUAGCAGAGGUGGAACAGUUGGAUAAACUGGAACAUUACACUACCCCGGGAGGGCGGGUCACAGCAGAAGAUGGAGAGCUACACGAGUUGUCCCAGAAAUUCUACCAGGCUGCGUUACAGUUGUUAGGUAUGUUGGACGUGUCUGUUCCAGUAGUGGCCAAAUUCCGGCGUCUGUUGGACAGCCUUCCCAAGGAAACUCUUCCGGAUGUUGUUGCGUCUAUGAUCCGCACCUCAAACAAGGAGAAAUUGCAGGUCCUGGAUGCUGUUAGCUUGGAGGAGCGCUUUAAGAAAACACUGCCCAUGCUGACCAGACAGAUAGAAGGGCUAAAACUGCUGCAGAAAACGAGGAAAAUGAUGCCUGACCAGGAAAAGAAGGUGUUAACUGUGCACAAAGGCGGGGUGUUUCCGGGCCGGCAGUUUGAUCUAAAUGAGGAGGAUGAGGACGAGGACGGGGAUGACACGGCCUUCUUGGAGAGGAAGGUUCAUGGGUCCAACAUGCCUGAAGCAGCUCUUAGAGUUUGCCUAAAGGAGCUUAAAAGACUAAAGAAGAUGCCACAGUCCAUGCCUGAGUAUGCCCUCACUCGAAACUACUUGGACUUGAUGGUAGAGCUUCCAUGGAGCAAAAGCACCAAAGACUGUUUAGAUAUCCGAGGUGCCCGGACUUUAUUGGAUAAUGAUCACUAUGCAAUGGACAAGCUGAAGAGACGUGUGCUGGAGUACCUUGCUGUUCGACAGCUCAAAGCUUCACUGAAGGGCCCUAUCCUUUGCUUUGUGGGACCGCCAGGAGUUGGUAAGACCAGUGUCGGACGCUCCAUCGCUAAGACUCUCGGCAGAGAGUUCCACCGCAUUGCUCUUGGGGGUGUUUGUGACCAGUCGGACAUUCGAGGACACAGGCGUACAUACGUAGGCAGCAUGCCGGGCCGCAUCAUCAACGGCUUGAAGACAGUGGGGGUCAAUAAUCCAGUUUUCCUCCUGGAUGAAGUGGACAAACUGGGGAAGAGCCUGCAAGGAGAUCCCGCAGCUGCACUGCUAGAGGUGCUAGACCCGGAGCAGAACCACAGCUUCACAGACCAUUAUCUCAACGUGGCGUUUGAUCUCUCGCAAGUGCUCUUUAUUGCCACUGCCAACACCACAGCAACCAUUCCCCCCGCCCUCCUGGACAGGAUGGAAGUGCUACAGGUGCCUGGCUACACCCAGGAGGAGAAGGUGGAGAUAACUCACCGGCACCUGAUCCCAAACCAACUGGAGCAGCAUGGAUUAACAGCUCAACAACUGCAUAUACCACCAGACACUACAAAGGAAAUUAUAAACAGGUACACGCGUGAGGCGGGCGUGCGCUCCCUGGAGAGGAAGAUGGGCGCAAUCUGUCGAGCUGUGGCUGUGAAGAUUGCUGAAAACCAAAGAGAUUCCAAAAGCGAGGAUUUGACCCCUGAGUGUCAAACACAGCAAGGAGAUAAGACGGCGCCCCCAGAGAUGCCGAUCGUGAUCGACCACGCGGCCCUCAAAGACAUCCUUGGAGCGCCGAUCUUCGACAUGGAGGUGUCGGAGCGGCUCACCCUACCCGGCGUGGCCCUUGGCCUCGCCUGGACCCCUUUUGGUGGGGAGAUCAUGUUCGUGGAGGCCAGUCGCACAGAGGGCGAGGGUCAGCUGACUCUUACAGGUCAGCUGGGAGACGUCAUGAAAGAGUCGGCACAUCUGUCCAUCAGCUGGCUCAGGGCAAACGCUAAAACCUACCAGCUCACCAACAUGGCGGGGGGUCCAGACCCGCUAGAAGGCACAGACAUCCAUCUCCACUUCCCCGCAGGAGCCGUCACCAAGGACGGCCCCUCUGCUGGUGUUACCAUAGUAACCUGCCUGGCCUCUCUGUUUAGUGGCCAACUGGUGCGAUCCGAUGUCGCCAUGACGGGAGAGAUCACGCUUAGAGGGCUGGUGCUGCCGGUAGGUGGGAUCAAAGACAAGGUCCUGGCGGCCCACAGGGCGGGCGUGAAGCGAGUCAUUCUCCCCAAACGCAACGAAAAGGACCUGGACGAGCUCCCGGCAAACGUGCGGGCCGACCUCGACUUUGUCACCGCCGCCGACCUGGACCAGGUGCUGAACGCCGCCUUUGACGGAGGCUUCCCGGGGACGGUCGGCACGCACGCGCUGCCUCAGCUGAGUAGCAAGCUGUGACACAGCCACUGGUGACUUGGCAAUUUAGUCAGCGGUUUCCCCCAAUUCUGAAUUUGUCAGAGCCUUUUAGCCUUGCCGUGUGCCACCUAGGGGCCUAACACUGUCAUGACGCACAUGAUUAGGAAUAAGAGCAGGAGACACAAAUGAAUAUAAAAGAUGGGCCAACGCAGCAGUAGAGAUUGGCUGCUUUUCUUUCAGGGUGGAAUCUAAUUAAAAGCUGUUUUUGAAGUCUACAAAGAAAAGAAAGACGUUUUUACUUUCUAGUUUUUUUUAGUCAGACUGUCAGAUGCAGUGGUUUUGGAGUUCUGUGAAACACACAGAGACAGUAAUGUCAACCAUGUGUGUUCAGUGUGGUUUUAAUAGAUAACACUAUCAAAAGCUUACCGGACUUUAGUGGAACAUGUCUCUCUCACACACACACACACGCACGCACGCACGCACGCACGCACCUCAUCAAAUUCUUAAGACAAGUUGAAAAAUUGCUAAGCAGAGCUACAAUAUGCAAAAGCAAGAAGGGGGAGUGAGACAAAAAACAUCUGGAACUUGCAAUUUAAACACACAAAAAAAACCUGCAAUAGGUUGUUUAUCAGCUGAUCAAAAGUUUAAGACCACAGGCUAGAAAAGCCAAAAUCUGCUCAAAGUUAUCAUUUUGUGUCAGGCAUUCACACCGUCAUGUCCUCCUGAUGGCUAAAGCUAAGAAGCGUUCUCUUUUUCAACGUGGUGGGAUUGUGGAGCUGCAUAAGCAAGGCCUCUCGCAGCGUGCCACGGCUGCUGAGCUUGGGAGCAGUAAGACAUUCAAGUCAUUCUACGUUUUUUGAAAGAUCCUCAGCAUUAUGGAAAAAAAAAGUCAAGAAGUAAGAGUCAAAAGAUCACACCUGCACUGAGCCGGAGGAUCCGAUUGGCUGUAUCAAGACUGCGGGGAAAAGGGUUUAAAAAAGGAAUUCAAAGACCUCGUCUCCUUCAACGCCACACAACUUCCCGUUUAGACUUUGCCAGGGAGCAUCAAACAUGGGACAUUGAAAGGUGGAACAAAGUUUUAUUCUUUGAUGAGAAAAGUGUAACCUUGACGGUCCAGAUGGCUUCCAGCGUUACUGACAAGGAGAUCCCACCUGAGAUGUUGUGGAUGGGGGUCCAUCAUGAUCUGGGGUGCUUUUUCAUUCAGUGGAACACCAGAGCUUCAGUUGAUGCGGGGUCGUCAAAUGGCAGCCGCUUACGUGCAGAUGUUGCAGCGGGCAUCCCUCAUGACCGAGGGCCCUCAUCUGUGUGGUAACAGCUGGGUUCUUCAACAGGACCACGCUGCAGUUCACAAUGCUCGAUUGACCAAGGACUUCUUCAGGGAGAAUAACAUCACUCUUGUGGACCAUCCUGCAUGUUCCCCUCAUUUAAAUCCCAUAGAGAACAUUUGGGGAUGGAUGGCCAUCAGUUCCAGACAGUUGAUGCCCUUGGUGAAGCCAUCUUCAUCACUUGGAGCAAUGUUCCCACUAGCCUCCUGGAAACACUCGCAUCAAGCACGCCCAAAGCAGUUUUGGAAGUGAUGAAGAAGAACGGUGGAGCUCCUCAUUACUGAGUCCUACUGAGAACAUUUUUUGUUCUGGUUUGAAGAGUUUUUUGUUAUUUUUUGAGCGAUGGUCUUAAACUUUUGAUCAGCUGAUAAACAGCCUGUUUCAGUUGAAUUGUUGUUUGCAAUAAAUGACUUUUUCAAAAUGUUUUUUGUCUCACUCCCCCUUCUUGUUUUUGCAUAUUGUAGCUCUACUUAAAACCUCAUUAAGAUCCAAAUGUGCAAAAUGCUAAUUCUAGCAAUUUUUCAACUGGUCUUAAGAUUUUGAUCAGGAGUGUAUAUUGCACCCAGCACGUCUUCCCAAUGCAACUUGUGUGCAUUUCCCCCCGCCCCAUAAAUGAAGGCUGACAGUGUUGUGCAUGAACAAGAGAUGCCGGAUAGAUGCUAGCUGAUCAUUUUAAAGCUGCUAAAGGAUGAAGAAGAUCUCGAGGGACGACACUAGCAUGUAAGGCAGCCCUUCUCAAACAGUGGGGCAGAGGGGGUGUUCAGUGUCAGUGUCUCCAUGUCAGCGGUGCAGUCUAAAAAUAUGACUGAACAGGAAAAUUUAAAAAAAAAAAAAAAACAGAAAAGUUGUAAUCAGAAAAAGUCUUAAUUUUAUGAUUUUAGUAGCAUAAAGUUGACAUUUUAUUUAAAUAAGUAUUAAUAUGAGAAAUGAAUAAAAAUUUAUUGGCUUUUUUGGAAAAUUAGGUUGGGGAAAAAGAGGCGUAAAGUCAAAAGUUUGUGAAUCAAGUCACAAUUACUAGAAAAGAAUUUACAAGACGAAUCAUUAAAAAAACAGCUGUAAUUUUACAAGAAUAAAGUCAAAAUAGGGGAAAAAAAAUUGUAUAAUAAUGAGAAAAAAGUGACAAGAAUUAACUCGAAAUACGAGGAACAGUAAUGUCACUUUAGUAGCAGAGUGGACAUAUUAAAGAAAAAUAUAUAUAUAUAUUUUUUCGUAGGAAUAUGAAAAACAAAACUUAAUUUUUGGAAAAUUAGGUUGGAGGAAAAAGUUAUAAUAUGGGAAUAAAGUCAAAAUAUAAUGUGAAGAAAAAUGACAAAUCUUAUUUACGAAGAAAGCUUAAAUAUUUUGAAACUUAAAACAGCAGUAAUGGAAAAAAAGAGCAAAGUUGAUAAUACGCUUUGUCACAAAAGUUUUGUUUUUUUUAACUUGUUAGCGUUGCAAAAAUAUCAAAGUGGCCCUUGCAGUGGACAUGUUCUUGUACGUAUGUAUGUAUGUAUUUGUUUCAGACGCCUCUGCACACUUUAGGGCUGGGGUGUCCAAACUUUUUGUGGCGAUUUGGGUAAAUGCCUUAAAACGGGGGUGUCCAAACUUUUCCGCCCCCAAGGGCCACAUAUUGAAAUGUGAAAGAAUUUGUGCAACUUUGAUGCUGAGAAGUUAUUUCUACCUUACUUUAUUCUCAUAAUACUUUGACUUUAUUCCUACAGUGUUAGAACUUCUUCCCCAAAAUUUUCUUUUGUACUGUUUUUCAUUAUAUGACUUUGAAAAAUAAUGGUUUAUUUUUUAAUAUUUGAACUCUAUGGUACUAAAUUUCCAUUAUUAUUCAUCAUAAUAUUUAUUCUCCUAAAAAUUGUGCCUUUUUUUCCUCGUUAAUGUAAGUCUUAUUUCUCUGAAAAUAUUUUGACUUUAUUUCCAUAAAAUGAAUUUCUCCGUUUUUGCUUUUGUUUAAGUAUUCCAACUCUUUCAACCUUCUUCACGUGAUUAUGACUUUAUUCCCCAUAAACUCGUAACAUAGCUUUUUCUCACAACCUAUUUUUCCAAAUAUGGCAACUUUAUUCAUCGGUUUGUACGACAAAGUAUUAGGACCACACUGAAAAACUCAAACAACCAAAACUGAGAUUUCGAGAAUAGUAGUAAAUUUCCGAGAAUAAAGUUGUAAAUUUCCGAGAAAAAAAGAGUCAUAUUGCGAGUCAUAUUGAAAAAAAAAUAACUUGUCACUUUGUUACAGGCAUUGCCUGAGACAGCUAUGAAAAGGGGGGACUUAUGUGACCUUUGGCAUCUCAUUAGAUAACUUUUUCCUGUAAAUAUUUUGACUUUAUUCUUGUAAAAUUACUGACCAAUAAAUAAUAUGCGGACCAAUAAAACUAAAAGAGCCGGGGGGCUUUGGAACGUUCCAGAGGGUGUUUUGUACGGCGCUUUGAGCUGUGUGAGAAAUGGCCAGUCAGUCUGUCACACUUUGGCUUUCAAUAAGAGCACCACCAUGUGGGAUGUUUCUCAGAAAGAUACUAGCACAGGCAACACAGCACGGGUGCAUGUUUUGCCACAUGUUCACCCUUUUGUGUGCAGCGGUUCACGAGUCACCUUACACAACAAAUACAGACGUGGGGAAAAAAAGAAAGUCACCGCGGAGUCAUCUGGGACAGCCUCUUUUGUUGCAUAUCGUCUUGCUUUCAUGUCAUGAGUUAUGCGCCACCACAUACGCUCAUCUUUAACCGAUUGUUUCUGUGCGGGAUUGUGCAAAAAAAAAAAAAAAAGCACCCCGCUUCUUUCCUGUUUCUUGUUAAACACUUUCAAGUGCGCCCCGAGGAAGAAAAUAUGCUGAGCUCGACCCUCUCCCCAUCUUCCUGGUAUUCCACUGAGCCCUCGACAUUACAUCCACAAGUAAGUUGCGUUCCGGGACAGAUGGAACGGGAGUCACGGCGUAACCUUUAGCCUGGUUGUCAGGCUAGCUCUAGCGCAAUGGUCACCAACAUUUUGGAGCCCGAGAUCUCGGUCUCGGCGAGGCGUAUGGGCGUGGUCAGUGCUCAAAAGGCAUGCCUGUUGGUCAUUCUCAGGGAGGGCACUGAUGUAAUAACACUUUUUUUCCCCUAAUAUUCUUGCGAUCGACCGGCAAAGUCCCACAGAUUGACUAGUAUCUCAUGAUCACCAGGUUGGUGACCUGACCUCUGCGUCUAGCAGGCUAGAGAAUGCCUUUUUCUUAUAUUAACUUGUGUUCACAACUCUGCGAUGGGCUGGCGACCUCUCGCCUGAAGUCAGCUGGGAUAGGCUCCAGCAUACCCCCGCAACCCGAGCGAGGAUAAGCGGCAUCAAAAAUGGAUGGAUGGUGUUCACAACUGUGGUGCGUUCAAGGAUGGACGAAAUCUUACCACUUGAGGAAAAAAAAAAACAUUCAGUGAAGCAUGAAGGCAGACAUGAAAAAAUGGUGGGCUUUGUAACAGUGGUACAUGUAGGCUGUACGUGUUCCUGUAUGUUUUUUUAUACUAAAAACCUGCGAGACCGAGUGUGUGACAAAAGGCUCGCUCUGUUCAUGCCAUUGUUCUACGGCACAAACACGGCCAGGUGCUGAAAGCAAUGCACAGAGUGAGCCCACUUCCUACAGACACGCAUGCACGUGGCAAUAUAUCAAAGCCGGCAAAAUGAUCUAACAAGAAGUCUCGUCAUGUUUUAAUCUCGGAUAAUUGCAAUUCAUACAUUUUUCCACUGUGCAUUUAUACCGUAUGAAAACCACACUUCUCCUAUAAGCACAUAGAUGAUGUUCUCGUAUAUACUGUAGCCAUAUGACUUUGGCAAUGAACAGUAUGAGCUUCUGGCCAAAUUCUUUGCAACCACAGAGCAGAGGACUUGGGAAAGGUCAUUGCAAAGGCCUCAGGGACAUCCAAGGUCAUCCUCCUAUCAGCCCAGCCAGCUGUGCAGGUUCGUUUUAUUUAAAAAUAUACACGUGUGAUUCAGUCACCUUACAGUUUGCAUUUACCACACAUUUGCAGUGUAGGAACUGUUGCUAAUUCUUUGCUAUUCAUCUUCAUGCUUGACAUUGCUACACUGUCAGUGCCAAUUAAAAAUGAGCAAAAUGAAUGUUGUGGCCGGUGUUAUCAGAGAAAUUCAGAUGAUUAUGCAGAUUAGAUUUAGUGAAAACAAUGGUCAACCCAAGGAAAAACAUUAGCAUAGCUUGUGCCCCUUCUACUUUGAGGCAGACAGGAUGGUGAUUGAAGGCAGUGCAAUCUGCAUGCAGUCGCCUGUGUUAGCGUCAUUUCAAGGCAGCCGUGUGACCUCUCACGCUGCUCUUCAGCUCAACUCUGACGAAGGGACCCUGAACCUGUCCACGACCUUCUAAAUACGCUUUGUAACAUCAUUAGGGCCCUCAAGACAAGAAACACUCGUAGUCACCUUUCCACUCGUGUUAUCCGAUAUAGUAGAACAGUUACGGCAUAAAUAAGACCAGUGUGUUGCUAAAUGAGUUUCUAGAGGACUGGAGUGGCGGGAUGGACAGAAAGUGACGUCAGGGAUUUAGAGUUGAGUUUUAGCUUGGCGUGCAACAGUAACCCAUGUUUUUAUUAGAGAUUAUUGUGCCUGUGUGAGAUCAUUCAAACAUGCAAUAAAAGGCGAUCAAGUCUGGUGCUUGUCUCUCUCACAGAACAUUACAGUAUCAUUACUGACACCUAGUGACUAGUGUAGAGUACCAUAUACUGCAUAUCGCUGCGCUCUUGGGGUCAUUUUGGUUGGCCGGCCAAUCAUGGAAAAGUUCACCACUAUUACAUGUUUGUGGAUAAUAGCUCUCACUGUGGUUCUCUGGAGUCCCAAAGCUUUACAAAUGGCUUUAUAACCUUUUCUUCUCUGAUCUCAAAGUUAUGUUUUAACCAUCACUUUUUCCACACAGGGCCUGAUAUCUUUGGAUUGUUUUUCUUCCUUAAUAAAAUGUUUGAAACCUGACAUACUUUAAAGUGUGACAAACAGGCAAAUAUAUA